UCUAACUCAGCUCCUUCCUUAUCUCUCUCUCUCUCUCUCUCUCUCUUCUCUGUAUAAAAAAUGGAAGCUUUUCUUCACUCCUCUCAAGAAACUCCGAAGAAUCACUUGGGUUCUCAGGUAACGAUCCAUCCGUGCAUCCUCCCAGAUCUGAAGCUUCCCAUCCCCUCGUUGCAUCAUAUUUCCCCGCCAAAAAUGGAAUUUUUCUGAGAAGACGCCGCUCCAAGAGCUAAGAAAUGGAGAAGCACCGAAAAAUCCAGAUAGUUCUCGGCGUAAUCUCUCCAUUUCUUGUUCUGCUGCUACUCUACGCAAUGUGCUGCUGUUUUCGGAGGAGAUUCGGGUGGAGCAGGGAGAGGGAGUCGUUGGAGGGCGGGGGAUUUGGGUGCGGCGAGGAGGAGGGGGAAAAGGAGGCGGAGGAGCUGACCAGGUUCGCCGGAGGGGAGCAUCUGACCGUCCACGACAUCCUGGACGCGCCGGGGGAGGUGGUGGGGAAGUCCAGCUACGCGACGCUCUACAGAGCCAGCCUCCAGCGGAGCGGCUCGGUGGUGCUGCUCCGGUUCGUCCGCCCGGCCUGCGUCGGCCGGACCCAGGACGUCCUCCUCGCGGUCCGGAAACUGGGGCACGUCCGCCACCCCAAUCUGGUACCCAUGCGAGCGCUGUAUGCGGGGCCAAGAGGGGAGACGCUUUUCGUCCACCCGUUCUAUUCCGUCGGGACUCUGUCGCAAUUCCUUCGAGAUGGAGCUGCUGAAUCCCACAGAUGGGAAGUCAUUUAUAAACUAUCUCUGGGUAUCGUCAAGGGACUCCAUCACCUUCACACUGCCCUGCAGAGGCCUAUUGUCCAUGGCAACCUCAAGUCGAACAACAUUUUGCUGGACGCCGAUUUGCAGCCUCACCUCUCAGAUUUUGGCCUGCACCUCCUCUUGAAUCCAGCAGCAGUACAGGAAAUGCUCGAAGCCUCUGCAGCUCGGGGCUACAAAGCCCCAGAACUGAUUAAGAUGAAGGACGCCAGCACACAGAGCGAUAUCUACAGCUUGGGGGUCGUCUUACUCGAGUUGCUUGCUCGGAAGGAAAUUAUGAACAACAAAUUCUUGCAUUCUCAAGAUCUUCAUCUGCCCACCUCCUUGAGAAACUUGGUUUGCGAGCACAAAGUCCCUGAUGCGAUGAACUCGGCCGAGCUCAUCAACCAAAGUAUGAAGCAAAAUUUCACUAACGAGGACAGUUUGCAGAUGUUCUUUCAACUGGCAAUGGCUUGUUGCUCUCCUACACCUGCCCUGAGACCGGAUAUCAAGUGCAUUGUCAGAAGGCUCGAAGAAAUUGGGCAGUGACAUCUCCAACCUUGCACUAGUCUUUGAGGGAAUUGGAAUUUCGUGAUGUUAUGUUGAUGAAGAUGUCAAGAACCACAAGGAUAUUUGACACAGAAGGAUGGCGACUAAUUAAAUCUUUCUUCUGAGCAACCUUAUCUACAUAUGGCUUAGCAAAAUGGCAUGCCUUGUGGCCUUCGAAUCAGAAGUCUCAGCAACUGGAUGAGAGUGGUGGAUUUCUCAGUGAUCCAUGUGGUGGUGGGGUUGGGUUUGUUUCUUUCUGAGGAACUAACAGUGCAACAUACAAGUUGAACCACUCGCAUGCAUAGUUUUUUACAGAUCAAAUUGAGGAAGGACACGCCACAAUCGGUGUGUAAAACAGAGACAGAUCUUUUGGUGCUUGAAGAACUUUACUGUUGAACUCUUCUGAAUGGCUGUUUGAGCUCCAUUGAGAGAUUGCUUCAGCUGUGACAUCAGUUUACUGGUCAUCUUUUAACUCAGAUUCUUGGCUCACUUCUUGUGACCACUUUUAUGUUUUGGGAUGCACUGUAAUAUGCUCCCAUACAUGCAUGGUUGAAGGGAGGAGUGAAUUUACAAAGAUUCCCUGUUAAACUUACACAGUUGAAGGUUUGUCUUUACAAAACAUCAUGACCUCGUCCUUAUGGUUCUGUAAAAUUAUGUACUACUGUUGUUAAUUACUUUAUUGUAAGCUAUGGUGGAAGAAGUUCAUACUCAUACUCAAAAGCUCUAAUAAAUGUUGUAAACUCUA